GUCCGUACAGUGAUUUUCCUCUUCAAAACUUCUGAUGGGUUCGGAGGGUCCCUACGAUGAAGAGAGGUUGAGAAACGAAGUCAUUUACCUUCAUAGUCUCUGGCAUCAAGGUCCUCCAACCCCACCAAGCCCUCGCCCUUUUUAUAUCCCAAAUAAUGCUCGACCCUAUUCUUUGAUUCAUCAGUGGAGUGUUAACCUUAAACCUCGGCCCCCUAACCCUUUUGUUUCUAAUCAUCCUAGGCCUCUCCAGCCCGUAGAUUCAAGCACAUUCAAGAAUACGGAGAGGAAGAAGAAGAAGAAGAAGCCCAUAAAAAAGAGGGACAUCAGGAAGCGGACUCGACUCGACCCCCAUAUGAAUUCCGGUCCCGAGUGGCCAAUGCCGACGCAACAUUCUGCUCCGUUGGUCUCGGGAUGGCCGCCAUUGGAGCCCUGUUCAAGUCAGGCGACCCGUCCGUUGUCAGCGGAAGAAAAGGAAAAACUUGAAGCGUUGCAGGUGCAGUAUAAGGCGCGUCAAGCUUGCCGUGAGUUUUUGGUCGAUUAUGAUGACAGUGAUGACGACGUUGAAGAUGACGAGGACGAUAUGGAUGAUGAUGAUGAGGUGGAGGAGAUAGGGAAGUUCUUUUCGAAACUAUUUGGGGAAAAUGAUGAACUGAGGAAUUAUUACGAGAAAUGCUGGGAAGAAGGGGAAUUUCGUUGUUUGGUUUGUGGUGUGGCCGAUAACAAGAAUGCCGGAAAGAGUUUCCAUGAUUGUGUUGGUCUUGUGCAACAUUCGAUGUCAAUAUCGAGGACAAAGAAUCAAAGGGCCCAUAGAGCUUUUGGAAAUGCUGUGUGCAAUGUUCUGGGUUGGGAUAUUAAUAGGCUUCCAACCAUUGUAAUCAAGAAUGAGGUGAAGCCAGCUCAGGGAGAGGGCAAGACAAAUGAUAAUGCUGCUGAUGGAAAAGAUGGUUCUUUAUCUUCUGAUAAAUUAGAUGAUGAAGUAUCCGUGGAGCAGCUUGGUGAACCAGUUAAACAGGACGUUGAAGUUGUUCAUGAGACUAUUAAACGUGUUGGUGAGUUGUGGGCACCGGCACAAGAUUCUGCUCCGGUGGUCUCAGGAUGGCCGCCAUUGGAGUUCCAUCCAACUCAAGGGAUGCAUCCGUUGUCAGCUGAAGAAAAGGAGAUACUUGAGGUGUUGCAGGUGCAGUAUAAGGCACGUCAAGCCUGCCGUGAGUUUUUGUUUGGGUCUGAUGACAGUGAUGAUGAUGGUGCCUAUGAUGACAUUGAUGAUGAUGUGGAUGAUAUGGACGAUGAUGAUGAAUUGGAGGAGAUGGGAGAGUUCUUUUUGAAACUAUUUGGAGAAAAUAAUGAACUCAGGAAAUAUUACGAGAAAUGCUGGGAAGGUGGGGAAUUUCGUUGUUUGGUUUGUGGUGUGGCUGAUAACAAGAAUGCCGGAAAGAGGUUUCAUGAUUGCGUUGGUCUUGUGCGGCAUUCAAUGUCAAUAUCAAGGACGAAGAACAAAAGGGCUCAUAGAGCUUUGGAAAUGCUGUGUGUAAUGUUCUGGGUUGGGAUAUUAAUAGGCUUCCGACCAUUGCGAUCAAGAACGAGGUGGAGCCAGCUAAGGCGAAGGUAG